AUGGACGACAACGCUAUAACAAACUCCGAACCUCCACCAGUUGCGGAAGUCCCGCUUGUAGACGCGUCGACGCAGCAGCAAAUCGCGUCCACGACUGCGGUUGUCCCAGAAGCAAUCCCCUCUGCCACUAAUGCCCCUCUUAAAGCCACGACUGGACCUGCUGCACCUGUAGCCGGGACUGACGCUACAACCGCUGCCGCGAAUAUGGCGGGACCAGAUGCUAAGACUGAUUCUGAAGCUCAAGUUGGCGCUGAUACCAAGUCUGCUGUUCAAGUUGACGCUGUUGGGGGUGACGCUAAGUCCAUCGGUGAUUCUAAGGUUGAUGCUAGUACUGUGGCUGGUCAAGUAGGGCAUGACGUGGCUAGGACCGGAGAGAAGACCGACAUCGAAAAGAAAACUGAUACGGACGCUGAAGCUAAAGCGGGUGUUCUGUCAACGGCCGACACGGCCGACACGGCCGCUGUUGAGGAUAAAGCUGGCGACGACUCUAAGCCCGAUGUUCCCAAGGCCGCUGAUGCGAUUACGACCGUCGAUGCCAGUGAAAAUGCUGGGAAGGGGGGUGACAAUGAGCCGCAGGCUGAGGGCGACGCUGCAGUCGCUGACGAUCCGUGGGCUGUAGACAUCGAACCACCACCCGCUGUAACCGUCGAACUGGCCGCUACAAGGGCCGUGGAUGGCGGGGAGGGCGAGAAGGACGGGGAAGAAGGGGACGUGGAUAUCAUGGAUGUGGAUGGCGGUGCGUCGCUUGCAGGCGCGUCGCUUGCUGGAGGUGGUGCUAUGAUUCAAGGGAAUAAGGUUGCUGCUCCUCCUGCUGGUGCUGAGUUAUUGGGCCGUCUCGUUCGAAAGAGCUUCGGCGGCGUGCCGUACCUUGGGCGCGUCUUCCAUUAUGACCGCGAGGAGAACUGGUACAAGGUUCGAUAUGAGGAUGGUGAUGCGGAGGAUCUGGAGGUAGCUGAGGUGGAGCAGUUGCUUUUAUCGGAAAAUGAAGAGAAGGCUACUAAAGCGGACAUCGAGACCUGGUCUGAGGCCAACAGGGCGACGCUGAUGGAUGAACGCACGGAGGGCUAUUAUGCCAGCGGAAACGGGAGUUACCCGGGAGAUGACGCUGAUUGGUUGGGCGCGGGCGACUGGGGGGGUGGUGGAAUGGGGGGAGGGGAGGGGUGGAUGAUGGGAGCACAUGGGGCGCACGGAGUGGUUGGGAGGGGUAAUGGGGUGGCGGAAGCGGUGGUUCCAGGGCCAGGCGCGAAGGUGGUGGGGAAAAGCGUGCUGAAGGAUUUUGAGGGAGUGCUGACUGAAGGGAAGAUUACUGCAUUUGAUGAAGACACCAAGAAAUACACGGUGGAAUACGAGGGCACGGAGCACUCUCUAUUGGAAGUGCUGGUGUGGAAGGGCGUGGAGAGUAUCUUGGUGAUUGGAGAGGAUAACUACAUGCCAGAGGAUGAGGACAUGGAAGAGGAGGAAGAGGAGGCGAUUGAGGAGGGUAAGGCAGGGGAGAAGGUGGUUCCUCCUGUGGUAGAAGCUCAAGAACCAAGGGCAGUUUUGGGAGGGGCGUUGGGUGUGACUCAAGCAGCAGCGCCUCAGGUGGAAACAGCAGCGCCUCAGGUGGAAACAAACGUGCUUCAAAUGGAAGCAGCAGCGCCUCAGGUGGAAUCAGCAGCAGCUCAGGUGGAAACAGCAACACCCCAGGUGGAAACAACAGCGCCUCAGGUGGAAACAGCAGCUCCCCAGGUGGAAACAACAGCGCCUCAGGUGGAAACAACAGCACCCCAGGUGGAAGCAACAGCACCCCAGGAGGAAUUGACAGUGUCUCAGAUGGAAGUAACAGCAUCACAGAUGGAACUGACAGCGUCUCAAAUAGACAUGGCUUUUGAGGCGACUCGCAUGGAGGGAAUGGUGUCACAAAACCAGCAGAUAACUGACAUGGAGGGGACAGUAUCACAUAAUGAAGCAGCUCAUAUGGAGGUGACAGAGUCACAGAUCGAGGCAGCUAAUAUGGAGGUUACCGAGUCGCAGAUUGAUGUAACCGCGUCGCAGUUUGAGGUAACUGCGUCGCAGAUUGAGGUAGCCAAUGCAGUGAUGGAGGAGAUGGGUAUGGAUGAGGCGACUGUGGUUGUGGCAACUGGAACAACCUCUGAGGCGCCAGUUCAGGCACCUGAUCAGGUGUCUGAUCAGGUGCCGGAUCAGGAGACACGUGGCACGGAGAAUCUGCCAUUGGAUCGUGGCAUGUUCUUCAUGGCGUGCAAUCAUUCGAGCCACUUGGAUUGCGGGGCCACGUUUGUGGGCGCGUGGACGGGCGGUGCGAAGCGGGUGUAUGCUCUGGGAGCUCGGGACUACUUCUUCAGCAACCCCCUGCUGGCAUGGUUCGUCACCACAUGCAUGCACGUCAUCCCCAUCAACCGCCGCAAGUUCUCCCAGCAAGAGCUCGACACCCUACUGCAGGUCAAGGCAACCAGCGGCCCUCACCGCCCCACAGCGGUGCUCAUCUUCCCUGAAGGCACGCGCUCCCUCAGUGGCGCACUGCAGCCCUUCAAGUCAGGCGUGGGGUUGCUAGCAGAGCAGCUGGACGUGCCUGUCGUGCCCGUGUGCGUCCAGGGCACCUUUGAGGCUCUACCAAAGGGCCGCACAAUUCCCCAGCGCAGACGGGUGACUGUGGAGUUUGGCCGGCCUCUGGACGUUCAGGAGUAUCUUCAGGUGGCCCAGGAGGUGGUGCUGCCGCCCGAUGCUGCUGCUGACAUCUCUCCCCCAGCAAGCACUCAGGGCGAUGCCGUUCAUAGCACAUCAGCAGCAGAGGAUGCACAGCAGUCCUUUGAGGCAUUUCAGAACGCUCUGUGCUGUGUGUUUUGCCGCCCACCCGUCUCUCUCCCCUGUGGCCUAUCCCCUGCCAGGGCGAUGCCGUUCAUAGCACAUCAGCAGCAGAGGAUGCACAGCAGUCCUUUGAGGCAUUUCAGAACGCUCUGUGCUGGCGAUGCCGUUCAUAGCACAUCAGCAGCAGAGGAUGCACAGCAGUCCUUUGAGGCAUUUCAGAACGCUCUGUGCUGUGUGUUUUGCCGCCCACCCGUCUCUCUCCCCUGUGGCCUAUCCCCUGCCAGGGCGAUGCCGUUCAUAGCACAUCAGCAGCAGAGGAUGCACAGCAGUCCUUUGAGGCAUUUCAGAACGCUCUGUGCUGGCGAUGCCGUUCAUAGCACAUCAGCAGCAGAGGAUGCACAGCAGUCCUUUGAGGCAUUUCAGAACGCUCUGUGCUGUGUGUUUUGCCGCCCACCCGUCUCUCUCCCCUGUGGCCUAUCCCCUGCCAGGGCGAUGCCGUUCAUAGCACAUCAGCAGCAGAGGAUGCACAGCAGUCCUUUGAGGCAUUUCAGAACGCUCUGUGCUGUGUGUUUUGCCGCCCACCCGUCUCUCUCCCCUGUGGCCUAUCCCCUGCCAGGGCGAUGCCGUUCAUAG